AUGAAGCAACUGAGAAGAAAGCAGUGAAUACCUUCAGUUUGCAGAGAAGACAACAUGGAUCAGCCAUUUACUGUGAAUUCUUGGAAAAAGUUAGCUGCUCUGCCUGACCACACAGAUGUCUCCGUGAGCCCAGAAGAGCGAGUCCGAGCCCUCAGCAAGCUUGGGUGUAAUAUUACAAUCAGUGAAGACAUCACUCCACGCCGCUACUUUCGAUCUGGAGUAGAGAUGGAGAGGAUGGCCUCUGUGUAUUUGGAAGAAGGGAAUUUAGAAAAUGCCUUUGUUCUUUAUAAUAAAUUUAUAACCUUGUUUGUAGAAAAGCUUCCCAGCCAUCGGGAUUACCAGCAAUGUGCAGUGCCGGAAAAGCAGGAUAUUAUGAAGAAACUGAAGGAGAUUGCAUUCCCAAGGACAGAUGAAUUGAAGAAGGACCUUUUAAAGAAGUAUAACAUAGAAUACCAAGAAUAUUUGCAAAGCAAAAACAAAUAUAAGGCAGAAAUUCUUAAAAAGCUGGAGCACCAGAGACUCAUAGAGGCGGAGAGAAAGCGGAUUGCUCAGAUGCGCCAGCAGCAGCUAGAGUCAGAGCAGUUCCUGUUUUUUGAAGAUCAACUCAAGAAGCAAGAACUAGCCCGAGGUCAGGUGCGCAGUCAGGAAGCCCCAGCGCUGUCGGAGCAGAUCGAUGGGAGCACUAUAUCCUGCUUUUCCACACCCCAGAACAACUCCUUGCUGGGUGAAUUUGUGGAGCAACCCAACAGAAGUGAUGCAACCAGCCACGCUAGCCACUCUCCACCAGUCAACAGAGCCUUAAAGCCCGCCGCCACUCUGAGUGCUGUGCAGAAUUUAGUGGUUGAAGGACUGAGAUGUGUAGUCUUACCCAGAGAUCUUUGCCACAAAUUUCUGCUGCUGGCAGAGUCCAAUACAGUAAGAGGAAUAGAAACCUGUGGAAUACUCUGUGGAAAACUGACACAUAAUGAAUUUACUAUUACCCACGUAAUAGUGCCAAAGCAGUCUGCGGGACCAGACUAUUGCGACAUGGAGAACGUAGAAGAACUAUUCAGUGUUCAGGAUCAGCACGAUCUCCUCACUCUGGGAUGGAUCCAUACACAUCCCACCCAAACUGCAUUCCUAUCCAGCGUUGAUCUUCAUACUCACUGUUCCUAUCAGCUCAUGUUGCCAGAGGCCAUUGCCAUUGUUUGCUCACCAAAGCAUAAGGACACUGGCAUCUUCAGGCUCACCAACGCUGGCAUGCUUGAAGUUUCUGCUUGCAAAAAGAAGGGCUUUCAUCCACACACCAAGGACCCCAAGCUCUUCAGUAUAUGCAAGCAUGUUUUGAUAAAAGACAUAAAAAUCAUUGUGCUGGAUCUCAGGUGAUAUGCUCCGAAGACAAGUACUGUCCGCUCCAGAACCUGCCUGAGGGCCUGGGAGUGCUGGAUUUUCUUAAGAUGUUUCCAGAAAUGACUGAUAUUUUAUAUUUAUACAUUUUAGAUCAGAAGGUUUGAUAUUUAUUGCUUUGCACAUUUUGAACUUUUCUUUUUGAGUUGCUCUGUCUCAAGAGAGGCCAUAAAGUUGUUAAAUCGAUACCUAUUCCUGUACACAAAUACUGUGACCUGCUAAUAAAUUGUCCUGCAAACAACUCAAUGUCUAGUGAUGUUUUU